AUGAUAUAUCAUCUAGCUACCUUUUUCAACUUCUUAACCUUCAUCAAUGUCUUCUCUAUCCUUCAGCCUGUUUCAGCAAUCGCAUGCGGAAAGCCAAUGAGCUGGAAUGGCGGCCAAGGAACCUACGAUGAGGAGCAGGUCACAGAUCAAUUAACACUUUACAAUAAUGUGUGGGGAGCUGAUAGCACAGCUGCUGGAAGUAGUCAGACUGUCCAAUGUCUAUCCAACAAAGGAUCGAGUGUAAGCUGGACCACUUCCUUUGACUUCAUAUCCAAGGACUCGAGUUUGGAUUAUCAAGUCAAGUCUUACUCUAACCUAGGUUGGGCCGGUAAACCGAUUCAAAUCUCUACCUUGCAAAGCUUUCAUAUCGACUGGAAUUGGUCUAUGAGUGAAGAGUCAUCUGACCUGACAACCAAUGUCUCCUUAGAUAUCUUCACUUCUACUGAUGGAGCCUGUUCGGGCCAAUCAGGACAAUGUGCAACCCAUGAAAUCAUGGUUUGGUUGGUUGCAAAAGGAGGUGCAAGACCAGCUGGAAGUUCAACCCAGAAAACUGUAUCAGUCGCCAAUUAUGCCUUUGAAAUUUUCAAAGGUAGCGUGGGUGGAAUACCAGUAAUCUCGCUGUUCCCAGAAGGCGGCAAGAGUUACACGAGCUUUUCAGCAGACCUGAUUCACCUCUUGCAAAUCGAACUCUGUCAAUUUGGAGUCAGUCCUGAUGAAUAUAUAGUCACAGUUGGAAGCGGAUGUGAGCCCUACAAGGGAGUUGGGACUUUACAUUCCACUUACUCUCUAAGCAUUGCAUAA